AUGCCUCUGCCUCCGGCUCCGCCCUCGCUCCCAUCUCGCCCACCUCCUCCCACCACCACCUCCUCCUCCUCCUCAACUGUGGCUCCGGCCAAGAAACCUCGGCUCAAGCUCAACAGACGCCGCCGGAAGCAGCUCCGCCGAGCAAAAGAAGAAGAAGAAGCGCAAGCUCAGGCUCGGGAACAGGAGGCACAGGCACAGGCACAGGCACAGAUUGCCGCCGCCGCAGCAUCAGGAACAGCAGCAGCAGAGCAAGAGCAAGAGCAAGAAGAAGAAGAAGAGGAUGAAGAAGAAAAGAAUGAAGAAGAAGAAGGCACCGGGAGGGAAGUGCCUGAGGCAAUUUGGCGAUGGAUGACAUUUUGGCGUUGA